AUGGCCAUAGCCUUCGGCCUAGUAUCUGUUAUGGUGAUUAUUGUCUUGAUUUUCCCUGAAAUUGCAGCACAAGCAGUCUCAACCGGUGAUUCUGUGGCAGAUAAUAUGUCAGAACCCAUUAGACAGCAAGACAAUACUCUUAGAGUGGAUCCUUUGGAUAAUUUCAAAAAAUAUAGAGGAGGAUUUAACAUCACCAACAAGCAUUAUUGGAGUUCGCUAAUAUUCACUGGAAAAUAUGGAUAUGCAAUUGGGGUGCUCUGCCUUUUCUGUGGAAUAGUAUAUGGAGGUUUUUUGAUAACAACCAAGUUUUAUAGCAGAAGUAAUGAAGGAAGAAGGAUAAAGAAGAUCUUUCCUUGUAAUUACAAGAGUUGUGAUCUUUCACUAAUUCCUUUGGCUAUAUUGCUCAUGCUAUGUAUUAACAAUGAUCUUUUUCCUUUUGCUGAAGUGGAUAUCCUUGUUUGCAUGGCUCUUGUUUUUUGUAGAGCUGCAACUGGGGUAGUUCUAGCGGGGAGUGCAAGAUUCCAUUCUGAAGCGAAAACAUCAGUUAAUAUCAUAAUCAAGACAGCAAAUGAGGCAUCAGAAACAAUACACAACACAGCAGGAGCGUUAAAAGACAUGGAAAGUAACUUGAUGGAAGCCAAUUUCAAUGCUGAGGCUUCUGUAUAUCUUGACUCUACAACUGAGAGACUUGAUGAUGCUUCUGCAAACAUUGAAAAGCAAGCUAGGAAGAAUAGGCGCCUUAUUAACAAGGGUUUGAAAAUAGUGUUUGUAAUUACCACCGUGAUUAUAAGCUUGAACUUGGUUGCUGUAACAGCUUUGUCAGUUUCUGGUGUACUGAGGUUACGACGGGCAUUGUAUCUGCUUCUUGUACUUUGCUGGUUGAUGACAGUGAUAUGCUGGCUAUUCUUUGGAGUCUAUUUCUUCUUAGAAAAAUUUUCUAGUGAUGCGUGCACAGCUCUUGACAACUUUCAAGAAAAUCCUUAUAACAACAGCCUAAGCUCCAUCCUCCCUUGUGAUGAAUUACUCUCGGCAAAAUCAGUUCUAUCUGAUGUUAGUGCUGGGAUCUAUAACCUUGUUAAUGAGGUGAAUGCAAACAUAACAACCCUGCAGGCAACAUCAGAUCCGAAUAUUGUUCAUGUUUGCAAUCCUUUCUCAGAACCCCCUAAGUAUUUAUACCAGCCAGAAAACUGUCCAGCUAAUACUAUACGAAUAGGAGAUAUCCCAAAGGUAUUGAAGCCUUUUACAUGUACAGAUGCCAAUGAUGGAACUUGUGACAAUGGAGAUUUCAUAACUGGCAGUGAAUACGUGAAAGUUGAGGCUUACACAAGUUCAAUUCAGGACCUACUGAACGUGUAUCCGAGUAUGGAACACUUGUUAGAAUGCCAGGUGGUAAAAGAUGCAUUCUCUCAAGUCCUUGUCAAACACUGCAAGCCUUUGAAGAAAUAUGCUAAGAUGGUAUGGUCAGGAAUGGUGUUUCUUGGAGUGAUCAUGGUCUUGUUGGUUGUGCUAUGGACUAUAAAGGCUCGUCACGAGCAAAGUUAUCAUCUUUCACAUGGUUCUGUGGAACCCCAUUUUACAGCACCAAAUGCAAAUGCCUUGGAAUCAGGACCAGCUAAAGAGAUUGAGAUUUGA